CGAAGCAAGUCGAGCGAAGUUCAUGAUUCAUUACAGAUGAUCAAAGAAGGUUUUGUUAAUCUGGUGCAUCAAAAUCCUGAUGCUGGUAGUACACUUUUAUUGAAUUUGAUUACAGGCGUUCAAGAGAAUUCGAGCAUUUGUGCAGAGAUGUCUCGAAAUGAUUUGGUGUUUAAUGACGGGCAAAGCCAAGGCGGUUCACUGGGAUCUAAGCGAUCCAAUAACGAUCACUCAAACCAUUCUCUUAAAGAAAAAGCUCACUUUUUGAAUCAAUAUCCUGAUGAGUCUCACGAUCUUGAUAUUAAAAUUGAAAAAGACUCCUCGAAUCUCAAUAAUCCUUCAAUAGUACGAAAAACAAGAGAGAUUGAACAGAAACGAAACGUUUCAACUAAUACGAUCGUUACACAAGAUUCUAGUCAAGACUCAGAACUUCUUGAUCCACCUAGAAGUAGUAUUUCUGAAUUAUUGUAUUCUAGAUGGUUGGAUGGAUUGAAGAAAUCAUUAUGAUCUUGAUUUUCACUGUCUUUCUUUCUCAUUCAAGGACACUGAGUUCAUUUUAAUUUAUUAGCUUUUUCAGUUUUGGUAAAUUUUCAAGGUUUAUUUUGGUCAUGUAUAACUUAUAGUUUUGAACCUGUCUGUAAUUCAUCAACUUGUCCAUCUAUCCAUCCCGCAAUCAAUUCUCACUGCUUUCUCUUUAUUUAUUUGUUCAAUGUGUUUCUGGUUUGGACAAUAAAAACUUACUUAUAUAUUUUUUGUAAUUCAUUUUGAAUCAUGGGGUUUCAUAAAUUGUUUUGUUGGAACUAUACAUGAUUUGUUUUGUAAGCACUAGUUUUUGACUUCAUGCAAGUUUUUUUUUCAAAUAUUGGUGCAGUG